AUGCUGAUUUUCAAGGACGUAUUCACUGAUGAUGAACUGUCGUCCGACUCGUUUCCCAUGAAACUUGUGGAUGAUCUGAUUUACGAGUUCAAAGGAAAGCAUGUUAUUCGUAAGGAGGGUGAAAUUAUGCUUCCUGGGGCGAAUCCGUCGGCGGAGGGAGAAGAAGGCGAUGAAGGAUCCGAGGAGCAUGUCGAGCGCGGAAUUGACAUCGUUCUAAACCACAAGCUUGUUGAGAUGAAUUGUUAUGAAGAUCCAGCCACUUUCAAAUCCUAUGUGAAGUCUUUUAUGAAAAAGGUCGUCGAAUACAUGGAAAAAAAUGGCAAAUCGAAAGAUGAGGUGGAUGCAUUUAAGAAGAAGAUUCAAGCUUGGGUAAUGUCUUUGCUUGACAAGAAACGCUGGAAGUCGCUGCAGUUCUUCAUUGGUGAGCGUAUGGCUGAGGGGGCUGGUGACGGUCAAGUAGCGAUUAUUGAAUACCGGGACGUGGAUGGCGAGGAAGUGCCGACGCUUAUGCUGAUCAAGGAGGCAAUCACUUCCGAAAAAAUCUGAACCGGUUUUCUUUUACUUUGUUGUUGUAUCUUGUUAUUUUUUUAAAUCGAAGUAAAGAAUGACUUACCUUGAAGCCUAAAAGUUUGCUCAGAUGCGCUUUAGUGAUGACCCUUUGAAGAGGGCGUUUUAACCACUCGAUGUAGUUCAACGAUGUAACCAGCAUUCCUUUACUUGAAAUAGGAUGCGUCACUGAUAACUAAUAAGAUUGGUGUCAAUAGUAAUAUGAAAUGGGUUCCCUUUCAUGUUGUAUGUCAAAUUUGGGCUACUAGCUUUUGCAUGGUGAAACAAUUUGACUCUACUUCGCUUGCCACAGAGCAUACUACAUCUUACUGACAGCUUGAGGCAGUGUUUUUUUAGUUUUCAACUUGCGAUACAAGUUUCUGCUUGUCACUGUCUUAUCUGGUACUAAUUCCUCCUUAUUUUGAGCAAAUUGAUGUCUUCAUGCUUUAUCUUACGUCACGCACCAGUCGUUCUGUUUUCGGUUGUGAACCUAUGUUUUAGCAUGUUGUUAUCUUGAAUAAGAAAGAUCUACGCAUAUUGUCUA